GUGGGCGAGAGCCUGCGGCGGGGCGGGGUGCGAGCGGCCGCGGCGGCGCUGAGCCGGGCGGCGAGGAUGGUGCGGGGAGGGAGAAGUCCUGGCAGAGAUAUAGCGGCGGCGAAGCCUCCCUGUCCCCUGCCUCCCAACCUCCCUCCCGCGGGGCCGAGGCGCUGRGGAGCAUGAGGCGGCGGCGGGGACCUGUUGUGUAGGGGGAGGCGCGGGCUGAGCGGCGCGGCGGGCAGGGAGGAUGAGGAGGACCUGCUCCCGAGGCGCUGGUGUGUGUCGGCGACCGGCCGUGYCCCGGGCUGCCACGGGCUCGGGAGAAUCCCCUACAGCGGAGUGCUGACAGGGGAGCCCUGCGCCCCUAGGUCUGCGCGGAGCGGCGGCCGCUUCCCGCUGGACUGCGGCUUCAGGAAGACGAGAGCUUGAAGUGUUCUUCGGAAGCUGGAGUUGCAGCCUGGUUCCUUACUUGCCUUUUUUUUUUCCCCUUUUCUUUCUUUUUUUUUCCUCCCCUCCCCCUUAAUGAUUUGUUUCGCGUGUCUCUCGAGGGAACGUCUUAGGAAUGGUCAUUUUUAGCAGUGGAAUCUGCUGCGCAAAGGAGGAUUAUAACAAAUCUCUAUGAAUGAUAGACUCGAUUACUAAACCUUGCCUUGACCAACCUUCUGACCCUCGGAGAGAACUCUCAGGGUGUGCGUGGGAAGGAAAAAAUUCUUCCCAUUUGAAAAUAAACUUGAAAAAAAGACUAUUUUUUUUUUUUUGAGAGCCUAACUUUUUUUUUUUUUUUUUUUCUUUCUUUUUGUCCUGUUUUGUGAUAAGUUGUUUUUAAAAGGAUUGUCCUACGUGGUUGUUUUGUAACUGGUGGAGGAAGGAAAGAUCCCUCUCAAGCAUUUCUGAUAUGACAGCUGUGGUUUCUGAAGAGUUAAGUGGUGUUUGCAUGAUACACCUAUUGCUAGUCUGGUAGCAGACUUUCAUCGUAUUAUUUGCUUUUUUUAUUAACUGGAGCUGGUGGAGAGGGCUCUCUCGGUCAGAAGAAUAUUUGCACUUAUAUAUUUGUAUAUAUUUUUGGUGGGGUUCUCCCCACAUUUUACGCUUUCUUGAUGACUCCUGGAGGUGGUAGUGGGCCCAUGAAAGACUGUGAAUACAGUCAGAUCAGCACACACAGCUCUUCAUCUCCCAUGGAGUCUCCCCAUAAGAAAAAGAAAUCAGUUCCCAAGAGAAAAUGGGAGGUUUUUCCUGGAAGAAACAAAUUCUUCUGCAAUGGGAGGAUCAUGAUGGCUCGACAGACUGGAGUCUUCUACCUGACUCUUGUUCUCAUCUUGGUCACCAGUGGACUCUUCUUUGCGUUUGAUUGUCCGUACUUGUCAGAGAAGAUUACGCCUGCUAUACCUGCAAUCGGUGGGAUUCUUUUCUUUUUCGUGAUGGGGACCCUGCUGCGUACUAGUUUCAGUGAUCCUGGUGUCCUCCCCCGYGCAACACCAGAUGAGGCAGCAGAUCUAGAGAGACAAAUAGGUAACACUGAAGAUAUAGCAAAUGGCUCCAGUUCAGGAGGAUAUCGCCCCCCUCCCAGAACAAAAGAAGUGAUCAUCAAUGGACAGACAGUGAAACUAAAAUAUUGUUUUACAUGCAAGAUUUUCCGCCCACCUCGUGCCUCACAUUGCAGCCUUUGUGAUAACUGCGUAGAACGGUUUGAUCACCACUGUCCCUGGGUAGGCAACUGUGUGGGGAAAAGAAACUACAGAUUUUUUUAUAUGUUUAUUUUAUCUCUGUCCUUUCUGACAGUCUUUAUAUUUGCAUUCGUUAUCACCCACGUCAUCCUUCGUUCUCAACAAACAGGGUUCCUCAAUGCUCUGAAGGACAGUCCUGCAAGUGUGCUGGAAGCAGUGGUGUGUUUUUUCUCAGUAUGGUCCAUUGUUGGCCUCUCAGGUUUUCAUACAUAUUUGAUCAGCUCCAAUCAAACAACAAAUGAAGAUAUUAAAGGAUCAUGGUCAAAUAAAAGAGGUAAAGAAAACUAUAAUCCCUACAGUUAYGGCAACAUCUUUACUAAUUGCUGUGCUGCACUCUGUGGGCCCCUCUCUCCAAGCUUAAUUGACAGAAGAGGAUUUAUACAGCCAGACACACCGCAAUUAGCAGGACCAUCAAAUGGCAUUACCAUGUAUGGGGCCACACAAUCUCAGAGCAACAUGUGUGACCAAGAUCAGUGCAUUCAGAGCACUAAAUUCGUUUUGCAGGCUGCUGCCACCCCCCUCCUACAGAGUGAGCCGAGCAUAACUAGCGAAGAGCUCCCUUUACCAGGAAAGACUUCUCUCAGUGGGCCUUGUGCAACUCUAACUCUAGGGCAACCAACACCACCAUCUUCUAUGCCAAAUCUCACAUCAGAUUCAGGUUUGACUGACAUCAUACCAUUAAAAGAGGAGCACGAAGGCCAUCAGUUUCUCACUCCUGAAGAAGCUCCAUCACCCCCUGGGAUGCUGCCAAGYGGAAGUCCUAUUACACACAGCCAUACAAUGCACGUCCUGAGUCUAGCCAGCCAGGACUCAUUGCAUGAAGACUCAGUGCGUGGUCUCGUGAAGCUUAGCUCAGUUUGAACAGCUUUUUUGAACAUCACACCAUUUCCUGGUGUCUAUACAAAUCCAUACUUAACGGGAAUGACGCUGCAGUACCAGUGUAAGGCUUCGUAACAUGSCUGUAAUGGAAACUUUAUUGCAUAAUGGAGUCUACUAAAAAGACAAGGAUUUUUUUUUUCAGUGGAGCUAUGGCAUUUUUUUGACCWGGUUGUUAAUGGUUGUGCUUUGAUGGUGACUGCAUUUUAUUUUWAAAUAAAACCAGAAAAGGUCAAUAAUCUUGUUUCCUGAAGCUUGGGUACAACGAGUUGGAAGACAGCCUGUAACAAACACCAUGUACAGUACAAAAGAGAGAUUCUUGGAUGUAAGUGUCAUGCUCUGUGUUCUAUGCUCUUGUAAUACACACUUGUUACGGCUUAACACACCUGUGGCCAGAAUGAUCUGCACUUACWUGUUAUGCUACCAAUAUUUGAGAUAGAAAAUUACCAUUCCAUUUGUUAAUACAAAACAAAACAAAAAAAAAAAAAGACUGCAGAUGUGGAUUUGCAUGCCACGCUACAGUAUGUGUUACAGUGGUGUUGGUAUUAAAAGAAAGUGCUGCUUUUUUAUUUGUGACUUUGAAAGUGCUGUUUCCUUUAAAGACAGUACAACAAACAAAUUAAUGGACUAUAUUUUUUCAAUUUAUUAAAUUUUAUUUUAAAUUAAUCAGUGGUGCCUAGAAGAUGAUGAAUUACUGAUUUGAUCAUAUUGCAUAUCAUUUAACCUUCUGUUUAAGUGUUUAAGUGAGGUAUUGUGUUGUGCCAUACCACAAGAUUCUUCCACUCCCUAAUGUGAUACAAUUACCUGUGGACCUCCAAUAAAAUGACAUCCUCUAUUUCGUGGACAUGUGUACAGUUAUCCUUGCACAGUUUUCAUGGGAAAAGGGGGGGAAAUCAUGGCC